GAGAGCAGAGAGCAGAGGAGCUGAGCACCAUGGGGCACUGGAAUCGAAUCAAGAUUGCCAAAUGCCAGAUACUGAUCACCAACUUCUUUGUCUUGCUGCUGGGCCUCUCUCUGGCCACCAUGACAGUUGUCACCCACUUUGGAGACCACUUUACUGUAAUUGGCCAUGCAUCCUUGCAGAGGAACCCCUAUGAAACACUGCGCUAUUGGGCUUUCUAUGUGGGGAUCAGCCUAGCAGGGCUACUGAGCCUGGGAGCUGCUCUGAGCACCAUAGCCACUGUGAGGGAGGCCCAUGGCCUCAUGGCUGCGGGAUUCCUGUGCUUUGCUCUGUCAUUCUGCAUCCUGGUGCAGGUAGCCUUCUGGAGAUUCCACAACCCCACCCAGGUGGAGGAUGCAGUGUUGGAUACCUAUGACCUCGUGUAUGAUCAGGCAAUGAAGAGCCCAUCUAGCAGCUGGUGGCAGGAGCUGGCCGUCAUCCAGGACACGUUUCUGUGUUGUGGUAAGAAAUCUCCUUUCGGGCUUCUGGCGAGCACUGGACCCAUCAUGUGUCAGGGCAAGGAGGCCAUGAGAGAGGACUGCCUCCAGAGCAUCAGGAACUUUCUGUGGACACACUACCGUAUCGCUUCCACCCUGACGUGCACCAGCCUGGCCCUCACGGUAUAUGCUAUGAUGCUCUGCGCCUUCCUCUGGUUUGCCAUUCACUCCUACUGUGGCUUGGAUCGAAAAGGCAGAUACUCCCUGACCCCACGGUCCCAUGGCUGCCAGCCCCAGGAACCCAGCCUCUUCCGAUGGACCCAGGGUGAGCUGGUGCCUCAACACUCUUCUGAAGCAUGA